AUUCAACAAUAACCCUAAUAUCAGAACGGUGGGUCCGGACUGUUCAUCUUCUUCUUCUUCCAUCUCUACCCUUUCUCGCUGUGUAACCUGCUAGCACUUGUCGCCGUGCCAAGCGUCUAUAGCCCUGAUUUAAUUAGGGUUCAUUUUUUCUCAACAAUUCGGGCUUCUAUCUAAAGCUUGAAAAGAUAAUAUUUGGGCGAUUCACGCAGUUAGCGAAUUUUGAAGUCUUUUUCUGAGUUCAUAAGAAACGAAAAUUGAUGGAGGACUGGGAGGAUGAGCCUACUUUAGAUCUUCUCAAAAAGGAGCAACCAAAGAGUAAAUGGGAUGAGGAAGAUCUGGACGAUAAUGAUGUAAAGGAAUCUUGGGAGGAUGAAGACGAGCCUACUCCGGCACCUAAAGUUGAGCCACCUCCUGUAAAAGCCCCAAUGAAGGUUGCAGCCACAUCUGGUGAAAAGAAAGGGAAACCUGUUGAAGCUGAAAAGGAGGCCCCAUUAGAUCCUUUAGAAGAAAAACUCCGACGGCAGAGGCUUGUUGAAGAAGCUGAUUAUAGGGCCACUACGGAAUUGUUUGCCAAGAAGGGUGAUGAGAAAACCCUUGAUAAUUUCAUUCCUAAAACCGAAAACGACUUCUUAGAAUAUGCAGAACUUGUUGUUCAUAAGCUUCGUCCAUACGAGAAAAGCUUUCAUUAUAUUGGAUUGCUGAAGGCUGUAAUGAGAUUGUCAAUGACUGGUUUGAAAGGGUCAGAUGCCAAAGAAGUUGCCUCUUCGGUCAAUGCAAUUGCCAAUGAGAAGAUAAAAGCAGAGAAAGAAGUUAAUACUGGCAAAAAGAAGACUGGUGGAAAGAAGAAGCAACUGCAUGUUGGCAAGCCUGAUGACGACGUGGAUGUUGGUGGUGGAGGGUACAAUGACUAUGACGACUAUGAUUUUAUGUGAGCAGUCAUUUUUGGUUGGUAAACUCAGCGUAGACUAGUUGGCAUUCUUACAUUGCUACACCUUGGGAAUUAGGGUCUCUGCAUUUUUAAGUUAGCUGUAAUUCAAGAGGAUCCCGCGGCCCUCACUCUCUCCCAAUUAGGAGAUGGAUUGAGUAUCAACUGUGUCACUGUCUUGUCUUGACUGAGAACACUUAAAUUUUUCGGUUCGGUUGGUGGGCUUAUCAUUACUUAUUUAUGGAUUUACGGUUUUGAACAUGAACUGUAAUCUAUUAUAUCAUGCUAGCCAGAUUUUGUGUGAAUAAAUCUGUCCCGAAUAAUUGGUUCUU